AAGUCUAACGGACGCACUGUAUCGUUUGUAGCGGUUAUUUAUUUGAAGUGGCAAAAGCGUUUACGUAUUUUUCAUUCACGAUUCGAACAAACAACGAGAGGCGAACGAAAACGACGGCCAAGCCGAUUUAGUGUGGAAUUUUCGGUACUUCUUGAAAUUCGUUUGGAAUCAAAUCGUUGCAAAUCAAGACGAUUAGGUGCGCGCGCGUGCCAAUAGUCAAAACAUUUGAAUUUCGGAUUCCAACGAUCAAAAUAAAGCGGAAAAACAUAUACAUCGAGAAAGAGAGAGAGAGAGAGAGAGAGAGAGAGAGAGAGAGAAGAUAGAGCUCGGAAUUAAAAUCCGAAACUAAAAGAAAGGCGAACGAACAACAACAACAACCGAAAAAGGAAUUCGACUCGGAAUUUCUUGCAAAACAUUUUCCUCUGCACUCCGGAAAAUAAACAAAGUGGAUUAUUUUCGCUCGUAGUUGAAAAUUUUGAUUGAAUGUUAUAAAACGCAAGGACUCGCUCAGUUACUCCAAGACUAAUUUCAAGAGUUCUUCACGUACUUUGUUGUUUAAUUUUUUUUUUAAAUUUUACAAACAAGUGAAACAAUUUCGAUUGUCUUAAAACGCAUCUAAGCGUCGGCGACGUUGACUUUGGAUGCAAAAUAAUAAUAAAAAAGAAAGUCGACACACACAGAGAGAAAUCAACCAAACGAACGGAGUAAAGGGCGAAAGAGAGUGGGUGAGUGAGUGAGUGAGAAACAUUUUGAUGGACUUUCGAUCUGCUUGGAACACUGCGUUGAGCACUUAUUAAAUAAUCUCUUUUGUUGAUGGAAAAUCCUUUUAUUGUGAUUACUCACAUCGUCGGCAAAAUUACUCUUGUAUGUCUUUUAUGUUGAUUUGACAAAGGAGAAAACGGAUCACACAGAAAAGACUUUAUAUUUAUAUAUCACAUCACAACUAGUGAAUAUCUAUGUGUGUGUGUGUGUGUGUGUAUCGGUGAACUUUUGCAUAAAAUUUGUGUGUUUCAAAACGUUUGUGUUCACUGAGACAAAGUUGCAAUAUCGAAAAUAAAAGAAGACCAGAGAUCGAGGUGAAAAAAUAGGGACACACACACAGAGAGAGAGAGAGAACGAAAAAAAAAUAAAUUAAAAUUUAUGAAAGAAAUCUUUUGUGGAAAAGUUUGCGAAAAAGUUUGUGAUUCGUGUUGAACUGCUUAAGAAUCUGUGAAACGUAAAAAGUUAUAGACGAAAAAAAAAAAAUGAAAUGAGUGAACGAUGAACGCUUAAUCAAAACGUAGUUUGAAAGAUCAAAGACGCAACGAAAAAUAAGCAGCAUCCAGCAAAUAGCAAAAACAAAAAGAAAAACACACACAAAAAGUAAAACACGAAAAAUUGUGUGGCAGCUGCAAAUAGCACUUGUAUUUCAUUUGUGUCCAUCAGAGUUGAAUUGAUUCCAUUUGGCCAUCACAACGAUCUUUGCACCGAAAAUUGCCAUCCAACCUAUCCUAUUGUGUGUUUGUGUGUCGGUUGGGAAAUUUGCAACAAGCGAUUUUGUGAGUGUGUUUGUGCGUGUGUAUUUUUGUUUUGCAAUUUGAUACCGAAAAGUGAAGCGGAAAGACACUCGCUCCGAAAUCCAAAACGAAACAAUUUGUGUGUCUCACCAAGUGCUUAAAAUCAACACAAAAAUUGAGAGACUCUUCUGGAACUUUUGUAGCGCUCCCAACAAGACACCGGCCACUAUAUUGAGAGAGAGAGAGAGAGAGAGAGAGAGAGAGAGAGAGAGAGAGAGAGCGAAAGAGACAGAGAAGGAUAUUUUGCCGGGGCCCAUUUCAAGUUAUUUACAGUCAUUUUGGCCGAAAGUUCUUUACUUUUCUUGGGUGACAAAAUUCAAUCUCGUCGCUCAGAACUCAUUCAGCCUCGACCACAUACACAAUGAGUCAGAGACAAUUCUGAAGUUUGCUUUUUCGAACGGCUGGGCCAGAGAUACAGAGAGAGAAAGAGAGAGUAGUGAAAAUAGCAAAAGUAGUAAUAAACCGAAAGCGGCAACUGAAAACGAACAGUGAAACCAAGAGCCAAGUGUAACAGUAGCAGAAACAGAAACAGAGUAACAAUAGCCAAAAUAAGUGAAAUAACAAACAACACUGAGGCUCGAGAUAGAGAACGAGCGAGAUAGAGAAUAAGCAAACCAAACCAAACGAAUGAACGGGGCAAAAGUGUAAACAAUGUGUGCAAAAUUUACACGAAAUCAAGAAAAGUUUUAACAUAUUGUGUCACCAAAAGAUUUCCUACCAGUUUGCGUAAAUAGAUCGAACGAGACGGAACUUUGAUACAUACAACCGAUGCAAAAUCCAGACAAACACAUGAGAGUAUGUGCAUAUUCAAAACAAUUGGCUACAGAUAAUUGAUUGCGUUGUUUUGAAGCGCAUGUGAAAGGUAACACACACACAUGUGACGUGGAGAAAAAAAAACGUACACACACAAAUAUUUCUUCCAACGGAAACAUUCUGUGCAUUGUCAUCCAACUAUCAAUACGUACUCAGUGCUAAAAUUGCAUUCCAUCCAAAACGGUUAAAAUUCUCAGUGAUAUUGUCAUUUAAGGAAGUAGAAAGGACAACUUCAGCCGGUGUUUGAACGCGAUAAUUAGUGAAUAAUAACAAAAGGUGCCCGCAAAACCGAAAUCAAAUCGUUUCAAAUGCAGUAGACGUGAAAAACAGAACUACAACAGAGUACUAUCGUCUCUUUAAUACAUAAAUAGAAAUAAAAGUGCAUUCUCAUAACGAGCCAAGGAUUUUUAAAAGCCAAAAAAAGAGCGAGAAGAGAGAGAGAGAGAGAGAGAGAGAGAGAGAAAAAAAAACAACAUAAAAACGAGUAAAAGGUGUGCAAAAUCUCGAGAAAAGGAACAAUAAUAAUAACAAUAAAUUAUUAAAAUAAAUGAUGAAAAUUAGGAAGAGCAACGCGUCGACACCACAAAAUUAUAGAGAAUUUAAAAGCAGCAGCAGCAGUUACCAUCACACGAAAACUUACAAAAUGAAGGCGAACAAUAGCAAUUGCAGUAGUUUGUGGCGGCGAGUCCUUAGCAUCGGUUUACUUUUACAAAUUUUGGUGAAUUGCGGCUUGUCAUCGGCGACGAUACGUAAUGUAAGUCUUCAGGUGGAUCCACCGUCCGUUCGUCGCGGCCAGCAUGCAACAUUCGUAUGCACUUAUGAUUUGGACGGUGCACCAUUGUAUUCCGUAAAGUUUUACCGUGGAGUUCAUGAAUUCUACCGCUAUUCACCCAGCGAAUUGCCAACGAGUAAAGUAUUCCAAUUUGUUGGUUUCAACGUUGACUUAUCGAUGUCAAACGCAAGCCAAGUGGUUAUGCGUAACGUUGGAUUUGGACUAUCUGGUAAUUUUUCAUGUGAAGUGACAGCUGAUGCACCAUCGUUUUCAACACGUACAGCGCAAACACUAUUGCAAGUUGUCGAAUUACCUGAGACCAAGCCUAUACUUUGGACCGAUCGUGAACGUUACGAGCCAGGCGAUGUAUUGAUAGCCAAUUGCAGUUCACCACCAUCACGACCUCGAGUUGAGCUAAAACUCUCGAUAAAUAAUUUAGUGCAAUAUUCAGCCGAACAGCAGUUUAUGGUAACAACCGACAAUUUGGUUGCAACGCGUACUAGCCUUAAGUUACAGCUGCAGAGUUCACAUUUCCAUGGUUCGCCACCGUCAACAACUGGCGGUCUCACAUUAAGAUGCAUAGCAGAGAUCCCAAAUUUGUAUUAUUUGGAAAGCACUGAAGUCGAAUUGGGUGCGCCACAAAGAGAUCCAGUACCAGCCAGAGUUACAUCGAGCUCAGCAUCACUUCCAAACCGAACCAAAGCUGCAGUGGCAGCCGCAUCGAAUGUCAUCAUUUCACUGGGUUUGAUGGUACUCCACGGCUUCUGUUGAAGCAUUGAUAGACCAUUUAAUCAAACAUUUUGUCUGUGACAAGCCAAUCUUCUUAAGUUGCUGAUUAAUAUUUUUUUUCUUUUAUUCACGUUUAUUUCCACAUGAUUGAUAUUUUCGUCUGAAAAAUGCCACACAAAGAAAAUAUUAUACUAACGAAGUGAGGGGAAAAAAUUUACCAAAGUCAUCAUAAGUAUAUUGUCUUCAAUUUUUAUGCAUAAUUUCGUUUAGUAACCACCUAUUUAGACAAAAUUUUCAAAAAAGAGUGCAAAAUAUGAAGAUUUUGUUUUAUAGACACAUACACUCAAACAAAGCUUUUCUUUUCAUUUGAUACUUUUGUUUUAAUUUGAAAAUAUAUUUGAAAUCAAUUUAAUUGGGUUGUCCUGAUUCGAAUGGCUAUGCAAAUUAUACAAAUUAAGAAGUAAAGAAAAAGUUCGCCGACAGCGAAACUUAGUUAAUAAAAAAAAAAAAAAUAAUGAUGAAAACAGGUAUUGCAAUAGCUGCAAAUGAAAUUGAUAACAUCAAGAUAUAAGAUCGAAGGUAAGAAAAUUGAUGCUGACACGCUAGAAAGAUAUUAAAGGGAAUAAAACCGUUUGGUGUUGUCAAACAGUUUGUGUGUUGUACUUGCAUGAAAACUGUCAUUUAAAGAAGCAUAUUUAUAGGCAUUUUCAUUGUUGUUUUAAUUUUCAUUUCAAAAAAUAUUGUAAAUGAGCUUUAUAUUUAAAAAAAAAAUCAAAAUGAGACACAAAAAAACCAUGUAAUUCAAAUGAUUAACAAAAGAAUCAUGAACACAGAAAAGAGAAAAUUUGCGAGAAAAAAACUAGUCCCGAGUGGGAGUAUGAAUAAGUGUGCGUGAUUAUCAUUUUGGAAAAUAUUCAAUGUGUGUGAACAGUGAAGUUGGAAAAUGUUGUGGCCAAAGGUGUGUGAUUCACAUUCAUACGAUAUCGCACAAACAGGGGAAAAAACCGCGUAUUAAAAGGAAACAGCAAAGGCUUUGCAUAUUUUCGAUCUAUGUUUAAAAAUCUGUACAACGAACACGAGAAAAAACUGGAGAGAAGCAACAGCAGCAAAAAAAUUGAAACAAAUCAAAUACUGUCACGAUAUCUAUAGACGCCGAGUGAACACACUGCGAUCGCAACGCAUUUUUACCGUGCACAUCAUUUUUCCACACACUAUACGUUCAAGUCGUUUGCGUGGCCUGCACAUUUCUGGCCACGAUAUGUGCGCGUUCCUAUCAUAAUAUUGAUCGAAAAAUUGAUCUUUACGCAAACACUCCAGCCAUAAAUCACAUCACGCCAUUAUUAUUAUUCGAUUUUUUUCCCUCUUCGGUCUGCUUAUUGAAUUUCCGCAUUCAGGUGUGUGAACAAUUUGCAUACUUGAAGCGAGAGCAAAUUUUCCACAUACACACACACACACACACUCUCUCUCCUUCACUCUCGUACGCGUCAUCGCACACUUUAAAAUGAUGCAUUGAAUUUAUUUGAAUAUUAAUUAUUAUUUACACAUUCAUCCAAAAGUAAUGUUAGUUCAAAAUGAAAAAAAAAUGCACAUUAUAUGAAGAAAUUAAUGAUAGGCAAUAAAAUUAUAUGAAAUAUUCGUUUACAAAACAGAUACAGCCCCCAACUACAUGCUCCCCCAUCCUUAUUAAUGAUAAAUCAUAUAUGCAUACAGCGAAUUCCGAAUCAAACCAAUUAUUCAAUGCAUUCGAUAAUAUAAAACUUGCACACAACAAGAAAAUGGUUUAAAUGUAAGAUAAUUGACGAAGACAACAAAAGAAAAGCAUGAACGAGUACCCAAUCAAAACAUACACAUACACAGCAAAACUGACAAAACCAGAGUCGAAUGACAAAUAAGAAAAAUAGCAUACUCAAGUGAUUACCGAACGUCAUUCCGAUGUGGCAAUGGCGAAUGAUUGAACGAUGUUAGGGCGAUUAGGUUGGUGGCGAAUGAAUGUUGCACUGAUGAUAUAUGAGAACGAAUGAGAUAUGGAAUACGGCUAAUGUUAUUUUUUAUUGUAUGAGGACAUUCAACUCGUUCGUUACCCCCCCCCCCCCCAUUCACAUUUAAUGUUUAAAACAUUUAAAUAACAACAAAGAACAUUACUAUUAAUCCUGUCGAAAUAAGCGUAUAUAUUUAGGUGAUAGAAUAAACAAAAGAAAUAAAUAUAUAAAUACACUUACGAUUGCAAAUUAUUUGAUUAUAUAAAUGAAACACACACACAUAAAAUAGAGGAUAUACCGGAAAAACCGAAAUAACGAGAACCAUGGCCACACAACGGUCCCACAAAAAAAACACUGCAAAUCCAUAAAAUGCAUCAGACUUUUCUUGCUCUCGCUCUCUGCAGCAACUUUUUUGCACAAUGGUUUAAUAACAAGGAAAAUCAUGAAUUAUUGUCAUUAAUAAGAACACAAAAUGAAUAAGUACUAUUUGGAAAACAGAAGAACCAACCAAACACCACAAACAGACAGAUAAAAACAAAGCCAUUUUCAAUUUUUGAGCUAUAGCAAAUGGAAAAAUGAUCAGGCAAAACACUUCGACUUUUUCAAUAGCUAUAUGAGUUCAUAAACAAACGAAAAUUGCAAGAGAAAAAGAAA